AUGGCGAAAGCAGUAUUCAAAUUGCUGGAUUCUCUAUGGGAAAGCCAGAGAGUCCCGCUGCAAUGGCGAGUAGGUGAAGCCAUUCUGAUAGCAAAAACUGAGGAUUUAGAUGACCCUAGUAAGUUCAGAAACAUCACUAAAACAAACACUAGUGGGAAGUUGCAGAUGGGAUUACUAGCGGACAGAAUGCUAGAGUAUAUGGUCAGUAAUAGCUACAUAGACACGUCUAUCCAGAAAGGAUUCCUGCGUAAGACACCAGGUUGCCUCGAGCAUACUCAGGCUCUGAUGGAAGAGUUGAAGGAUGCCAAAUCUAAUAGACGACAGAUCUUUGCAGUUUGGGUGGACCUAAUGAACGCCUACGGCCGGGUUCCCCACAACUUGAUAAUAUAUGCUCUAAGACAUUAUAAGUUCCCAAACUGGCUCAUAGAAUAUAUGUUUAAGUACUAUGAUGAGCUGAUUGUGAGAGUGGUGACAAAGGACUGGAAAACAAACUGGUUCUUUUAUAUGUUAGGUCUUUUUCAGGGCGACCCUCUAUCGGUUGUACUGUUCUUAAUAGUUUUCAACCUACUAUUGGAUCUCCUGAAAAAUCAAAGCGACUUGGGUUACAAGCCGUCUUUUAGUUCUAGCAGCACGUCAAGCCGUGCUUUUGCUGACGACCUAACUCUGAUGUCUCCCAGGCUGGAAAAGAUGAAGAAGCUAAUAGAUGUGAUGGAAAGAUUUCUUACUUGGUCAAGGAAAAUGAAAGCCAAGCCGAGUAAAUGCGUAUCCCUGGGGAUGAAGGUUAUAGAUGGAAGGUAUGUGUCCUAUGACCCUGAAAUUUUCAUAGAUGGAGCUCAAAUCCAGUUUAUUGGAAAUACACCGAUGAAGUUUCUUGGCCAUUGGAUAUAUGUGGAUCUGGGCCUCAAAGAUACCAAGAAGCUGAUAGAAGACAAACUGAUUACACUGUUUCAGGCAGUGGACGGAUCAGGCCUUAAUGGAGUGAUGAAAUGCUGGAUUUACAACAACCUCCUAACCAGCAAGCUCUCCUGGGACCUGAUGAUCUACAAUCUCCCGGUUAGUUUUGUCAAAGAUCUUGAAGCAAUAUGUACGAAGUAUCUGAAGAAAUGGCUAGGUGUAACAAAGACAAUUACUGUCAGUGUGCUUUACAGAAAUAAGGAUUGCUUUGGAUUGAAUCUUAAAAGACUAUCGGACUUAUACAAGUUCCUUCAGGUGUCCAAAGUUUACUCUCUAAAGAACAGCAAGGAUCCUAAAGUUAAGGAGAUCUACGAGCACAGGGCCAAGAAACAAGAAGGGAGCAGUCGGUGGGGUUACACUAAUGAGCUGAGUGCUAGAGAAAGAGAUCUCUACUUCAGAGAGUUAGUAGGGGUAACAGUGCAAGGCAGGAUGGGCUUGGGAUCCAAGAGGAGUGUAGCCAGUGAAAAGGAAAAACUGAAAGAACUGGUAUCCCACAUCUCAGAGCAGGAUAUCCUGUUGACACUGAUAGACAAGGGAGUUCAAGGACAAUUCUUAACAUGGGAAAACACCAUGCAGCUAGACCUAGGUUGGAACAACCUUAUUUACAACUACAAGAUGAGCCCUGCUCUUCUUAAGUUCCACCUCAAUGCAACCCAUGACGUUGCAAAUACUCCAGCAAACAUGAGCCUGUGGAACUAUGCUGACACAGGACACUGUCCACUUUGCGGAUGGAGACACUGCAACAUCAAGCACAUUUUGGUAGCUUGCAACUUCUCGCUGAACAACAAACGAUACAAUUGGAGGCAUGACAACGUGCUGCGGGUCAUUGCGAAAUCCCUACUGGAUCAAAUCGAGAAGUUCAACAACAAAGAUUUUAAACUUGAAGUUCAGGACUGGACAGGCUUCAAGUCAUCUAGCAGCUGUUACCAAAAACCGAAGACGAAGAUGAAAAGAGAGAGCCCUUUUGAGAAAGACCAAGAUUGGCAGAUUAUCUGGGACGAAGAUGACCUCCCAGCACAGUUCCCCCAGCACAUCUACGGAACUGCAGAACGUCCCGAUAUUGUAGUCUGGUCUGAUAAAGGAAAGGUGGUCAUAUUAGUAGAGUUGACAGUUGGUGACGAGAGUAACUUUAGUGACCAAGUAGAACGUAAACAAGCACGUUACAACAGAGAGCUUAUUCCUGGGCUGCAUGGCAGUGGGUGGAAAGCUCAGCUUUUUACGGUAGAGGUUGGGUGUAGAGGCUUCUGGCAUCAUACCUUACCAGCCCUACUAAACUACUUUGGUGUUACAAAGAGAGUAAAGAAAGCAGUGUUCCAAGAGGCAGCUUUGGUUGCUCUCAGAUGUUCCUAUGCAAUCUGGUUAGCAAGAGAAAACAAGAAGUGGAGUCCCUGCUAUAACAUCGCACAAAGACCCACUGUUCUACCAUCAACUGAGUGA